AUGUUAGCCACCCGUGACCUUCCCUCCCGUGAUACCCUCUUCCCCCUAUCCCAAGGUGUCGCCAGCUGGUCGGUCUCCAACAAGGUCAGAGGCUCGCUCGAACUGACCAAGAAGAACCUGAACGCGAAGAAAGUCGCAAGCGGUUUGCCACUGAAUAUCACAACUGGCCCGAACAAGAAACCCUCCCUACGCGUUGGGUAUCCCAAGGGCUCGUAUAGAUUGGACGUAGAGCCACGAGGCGGGAUCUCGUUCUAUACGAAUGGACCUAAGGGAUUCAAUCUGACGAACGCAAAGGAGGCGACGUUUGGGUAUUCGGUGUACUUUCCCAAAGGGUUCGAGUUCGCGAAGGGUGGAAAGCUGCCCGGGUUGUACGGCGGAAACUCGGAGGAGGAUGCGACGACGUGCUCAGGUGGCACGGUCGACCACAAUUGCUUUUCCGGUCGUCUAAUGUGGAGAAGGGACGGGGCAGGAGAGAUUUACGCUUAUCUUCCUGGGCCUGAACACGUUGGCUUCGAAAGCAACCGUCUCCUAUGCAGUCUGACACGGAGUCAUUGCGACACCUCGUUUGGAGUGUCUCUUGGGCGCGGGUCGUUCAAGUUUCCGACGGGGGAAUGGACGACGAUUGCUGAGCGCAUAAGGCUCAACGACGUGGGCCAAGCCAACGGAGAGCUUGAGCUGUUCAUCGAUGGGAAGAGUGUCGUCAAUUCUGUGGGCGCUAUCAUUCGCAAUGACUCGUCCAGCCGGAUACGAGGGAUCCAGGUGCAGAGCUUUUUUGGAGGGAGCACGGAGGACUGGGCGUCACCAAAGGAUCAAGAGGUCUUCCUCUCAGAUUUCUCAGUCGCCAUUACAGAAGAUUUCGAGGGGCGUCGGACGUCCGGGGUUCCUUCAUAUACAAGACUAGGAUGGAAGGGGAUGUUCCCCUUCCUUGCUCUGAUGACCUGUCUAUCCCUUGGACUUACAUGAACCGCCCACAAUGUCACAUACUUUCAGUUCAC